UAGAAACCACACGUACGAUGCUCGCGGCGCUCUUGACGACGCCAUUCGCGCUCGCAGCGGCGGGCCUCCUUGGCUUUCUCGGAUACCUGUACACGCUUCCGUCGCACAAGCUGAUCGGGAUGCCGGCCAACUACGUGGCUGUCGAUGAAUCCGAAGUGAAGCCAGGCCACGGCCCGAUCCACCGCGUCGGCACAUGUCCUCGUCCCUUCGCCCCCACCAUGUUGCACGCGCUGCAAUCCACCGUCAAGAAGUUUGGUAGCAACCCUUUUCUCGGCCACCGUCCGUUUGACAGCGACGGUGUUGCCCUCGACUAUGUUUGGGAAAGUUACGACGACGUGUACAAGCGCAUUCAAAACUUUGCGGCGGGCCUUCGCCAUGAAAAAAUGAUGGAACCUACGAACGACAGCGAAAAGCCCUUGUGUUUGUACAUGAAGAACCGACCGGAAUGGGUCAUUGGCCAGUACACAGCCAUGUACCUCGGUGGGUUCGCGGUUGCGUUGUACGAUACCCUCGGCGCAGACUCGACGCAAUUCAUCUUGAAGCAUACGCAGUCCCCGACCGUGGUGUGCACAACUGCAGAGCUCGCGGGAGUGUUCAACGCCAAAGCGACUGUUCCAACGCUCAAGUUUGUUGUCGUCGUUGACGUUGACACGAUUUCGACGGACCACGCGGGUGCUGCGACUGCCGCUGGGCUCAAGAUCGUCACGCUCGGUGAAGUCGAAGCCAUUGGCGCCAUGUACCCGAUCGAGCCCGCGACGCCUGGCCCGAACGACAUCUACUGCCUCAUCUACACGAGCGGGACGACCGGCGACCCCAAGGGCGUGCCGAUCACGCACUUGAACGUCCUGACUGCGGACGAAGGCAUGCGCGAGCGCAUUUGCUCGGGGCCGACGUCGUUGUCGUUUUCCGACGCGGGCGUGCAUUUGUCGUACUUGCCGUUGGCCCACUGCAUCGAGCACAUCAUCCAUUCGGUCAUCAUCAUGGGUGGUGGUCGCAUUGGGUUUUACCAAGGCAACACACUCAAGUUGACGGAAGACUUGUGUGUGCUGCGCCCGACGCUCUUCGUGACGGUGCCGCGCCUGCUCAACAAGAUCUACGACAAGGUGGUGAACGGCGCCCAGGCGGCGGGCGGGCUCAAGACGUGGCUGUUCAAUUUGGCCCUUGACACCAAGCUGUCCAACUUGAAGCAGUUUGGCGAGUCGCGCCAUGCUGUGUUUGACAAGUUGAUCUUUUCCAAGGUCCAGACCAAGAUCGGCCUGGAUCGGUGCGAGUUUCUCGUGACUGGGUCGGCGCCGCUCGCGGACGACGUCAUGAACUUUUUCCGCAUCUUGUUCGACUUUCCUGUCCACGAAGGAUAUGGCCAGUCGGAAACAGUGACGGCGGGAACGAUGACCCACGUGAAGGACACAGCAUGCGGCACGAUCGGCGUGCCCCUCACGCCGAUGCAGAUCAAGUUGGUCUCGAUUCCCGAGAUGGGCUACAAUGUCACGGACACUACGCACGGCGACGAUGACGCCACACGAAUGCCGGUCAACGGCCGCGGUGAGAUUUGCUUUCGUGGUCCGCCCGUCUUCUCUGGGUAUUACAAGGACCCGGCUCGCACGGCCGAAGCAUUCGACGCGGACGGGUGGCUCCAUUCCGGCGACAUUGGCGUGUGGACGCUGGACGGGCGCCUCAAGAUUGUCGACCGGAAGAAAAACAUUUUUAAACUAAGCCAAGGCGAGUACGUCGCGCCGGAAAAGAUUGAAAACAUUUUGGUCACGAGCCCGUACGUGGCGCAGCCGUUUGUGUACGGCGACAGUUUGCACAGCGUCGUGGUGGCGAUUGUCGUGCCAGAGGAGGCGGCGCUGCAGACGCUCGCGACGUCGCUCGGCAUCACUGGGUCGUUCGAACAAGUGUGCGCCAACGACAAGGUCGUCGACGAAGUGCUCACGUCCCUCGCCGCGCUGAGCAAGAAGAGCAAGUUGUACGGGUUUGAAACGAUCAAAGCGCUCAAGCUGAUCCCGACGCCGUUCUCGGUCGAGAACGACCUGAUGACGCCCACAUUCAAACUCAAGCGGAACGAAGCAAAGAAAGCUUUUCUCCACGACAUUGACGACCUGUACGCCAAGUGCGGCGAUCUCGUGGCUGGCCACAACGUCCUCCAAAAGUAAACAAAAUGAAACACGGAUGCAUGUGCCGGUGACGUUGUGUACACCCGCGGGAUGCCAAAC